CUUGGAGAUUACCUGUGGACAGGUAGUAUUGCCGCAGGAUAGCUCUGCCGUGGAAGAAUGUGGUAUCUUUCUAUCAAUCAUUGUCAGAGAUUGUAAAGAUACACAGGCCUUUGGUAUACAUACCCAACUAACACAACUAUUAGUCUUACAACAAAGUUGCUUACUGAUUUGUUCAAAUCUGCAGACAGUUUUGACAAGGUGGCAUUGUUGCAAGCGUAUUGACGUGCAAAGUUGUCAGUGAAUGCAGUUCAUGAAGUUGUCAGCUCCUUUGCCUCGGUAGUCUGUGGGCGUUGCCACUUGUGUUUACGUGCUGAGUCUCUCCUUGUCCUACAACUUUACAAGGCCGUUGACCCUGCGGUCUGAUUUACGUCACAUAAAUCCAGGUGUCAUGACAGUGCUUCUAACGAUGACUCCCACCGCAUCUUUAAGCGCCGUUUUCGCGGGGCUGUUGCUCUGUGUGACCGCCCAGGACGCGUACCCGACACGGACAACGCGUUCGGGCAGUGUGUCCGGCGCGACGGUCGCGUUCGGCGGCUCGACGGUGGAAGAAUACCUCGGCAUCCCGUACGCGGCUCCGCCCGUCGGACCGCUCCGGUUCCAGCCGCCCCGGCCCGCCCUGUCGUGGGAAGGCGUGAGGAACGCGUCCACGUUCGGAAACUCCUGCAUGCAGACUAGGACAAACUACGGACCGCUGUCGGAGGACUGCCUUUUCCUGAACAUCUACGUCCCCGUCCUCAACGGCUCGGACCAAACUCAGUCAAUGGCGGUCAUGGUUUACAUUCACGGCGGAAGGUUCAACUUUGACACGGCGUUGUCGUUCAACGGCAAGUGGCUGGCCAGCAGAGGUGACGUCAUCGUGGUGACGCUGAACUACCGUCUGAACGUGUUCGGGUUCCUCAGUACGGGAGACCGGAACUCGCCGGGAAACUUCGGGCUCAUGGACCAGCGGGCAGCCAUCGUGUGGGUCAAGGACAACAUCCGCAACUUCGGCGGGGACCCGGGCAGAAUAACAAUCUUCGGGGAGAGUGCAGGGGGUAUGGCGGUCAGCAUGCAGCUGAUAUCCCCCAAGACGGCAGGCCUGUUCCAGCGGGCUAUCUGCCAGAGCGGCGUCGCCAUGACGCCCGGAGCCAUCAACUUCGACCCUCUUGAAGCCACUAAAAAGCUGUGCGCGUACCUCGGCUGCGGGACGGAGGACCCGGCCGGCAUGGUCGCGGCGCUCAGGGACAUGGACGCCGACGAGCUCACUCAGGCCGCCGCCUUGUUUACCGGCAACUUCACCAGAAGAGUCUGGCUGCCCGUGAUAGACGGGGAUUUCUUACCGGAAGAACCGGCUCGCUACCUGCAGUCAGCGUCUCUGGACAGCCGCCAGCUGCUCAUAGGGUGUAACAACGACGAGGGAGGGGGGCAGCUGGGGCAGGGCGCGCCCGCUUCUUACAUCACCGACAGGCAGAGUUUCCAGUUCUACUUGAACUCGUCUCUCUUUCCAACCUACCCCAAAAACACGCAGAUGGUCAUGAAGGCAGCAAUGUACGAGUACGGAGUGUGGGAGGAGACCGAUCCUGAAGUCCUCCGCCGAGCGUUCGCUCAGAUGUACGGGGAUUUCGAGUAUCUGGCCAACACCGUACAGAAGGCAAACCUAUACUCACAGCGUAACCAGCAGACCUACAUGUACCUCUUCACCCACCGCCCGUCCUUUUCCACCCUGCCGGGGUACGUGGAGGCUUCACACGGCCAGGAGCUGUACUUCCUCUUCCCGGACCUUCGCGGGAACGACCCGGAGAGUCUGAGCGCGGAGGAAGAGGAGCUCAGUCGGGUUAUGAUCAAGUACUGGACUAACUUCGCCAAGACGGGCAACCCAGUGCUACCGUCUUCGUCUGAUCUGCCGACCGACUGGCCGUUGUACGUGCCUCGCUUCGGACAGCCUACCACAAAGCAGUACCUAACCCUGAACACCAACAUUACCGCAGAGGACGUCAGCAGUAACCUCAGACCCAAGAAGAUCUAUUUUUGGACGGAGGUGGCGCCGGCACUGGAGUCCAUCCUCCAGCCCACUUGUGAACCGGGGAUCAGCGCAUCCUCUGCAGUUCUCCCGAGAGAUGCCAUGUGGCGUUUUUCUGCGAUUGCCCUAGCACUGUGUUUGAGCAGAUUGUCAUCCCAUUAGGACUGUGUUGUGAUAUUAUCAGUAUCCGAAGACAUUAUGUAUUGUCGUGUUUUGUUCUUUCCUUUGGUAUAUCGUUACUUAUUUGUGAUAAGGUAAAUGCGCCAAGAGCAGUCAUCUCUUAUCUUCGCUUAGAAUCCCCUAACUUUUAGUGGUAGAUCUCAUGUUACUUCUAAAUCGAUUCCUUUAUCAAUAUGUCAAUUAACGAAGUAAAUGAUUUUAACAAUCUAUGUACACGCUUUUUUUCGUAAAGACCUAUUGCCAUUGAUAGGUUAGUGUGGCUUUCGGCACUUCAUGUGACCGUCGCUGUUUCUAUGUAUACCUUUCAACUUAGGUUUUUGAGAUGGUUUUCUUUCUACUGCAUCAUCUAGUUUUCUGCAGUUCCCCUUUUACCGAGUAUGUUGUUUUGAUUUGUGUGUCUGUGUCUGUGUUUGCUUGUGUUGCCGUGGUUCUUUCCACAUGCUAGGCA